AUGGAGGCCGUGGCCUUGUACAACUUCCAGGCUGACGAAAGGGACGAACUCGCCUUCAAGAAGGGAGACACGCUGAAGAUCCUGAACAUGGAAGACGACCUGAAUUGGUACAAAGCAGAACUCUUUGGCAUGGAAGGAUUCGUCCCCAAAAACUACAUCAAGAUGAAACCUCACCCGUGGUACUCCGGCAAGAUUUCCAGGCAAGAUGCCGAAAAGGCUCUCUUAAAGCGGCAGUUCCGGGGAGCUUUUCUCAUCAGGGAGAGCGAGAGCAGUCCAGGGGAUUUCUCCAUUUCUGUGAACUACAGCGGUCAAGUGGUACACUUCAAAGUACUCAGAGAGAAAAAGGGAAAGUACCAUCUCUGGGACGAGAAGUUCAAUUCCCUUAAUGAACUAGUGGAUUUCUAUAGAACCAGCACCAUCGCCAAGAAAGGACUGCUGUUCCUCAGAGAUAAUGGAGAAAUGCAAGAGCCCAAGAAGCCAAAAUUUGUUCAAGCUCAGUUCAACUUCAAGGCCGAAAACCCGUCCCAGUUGAGUUUCUGCAGAGGGGAUGUCCUUGAAAUUCUGGAUUGUUCUGAUCCUAGCUGGUGGAGAGGAAAGAUAGGACUGAAAACAGGCGUCUUUCCCCGCAACUAUGUCUUCCCCCUCCGCGUGUGACUGGCCUUGCCCACAUUCCAAUUGGAAGAUCAUUUUGCAGCAGCCAAUCAAAAUCUCUCCAUGUGGAGACCAGAAGCUCCCUGGAACAUGAACUGAAUGGCUCUCCCAUUGGGACCGUUUUCCAGGAAGAGACAAAAUGGGAGUCCCUCUACCAUGACGACUGAUAUUCUAACGCAGACCUCUUCA